UUCAAACUGUGAUUCGUCUCUGGAUAGUGUGGUGGUGAAUGUGCCUUAGAAAUACGAGAAUCGGUAACAGCCGUUUAGCCGCGAUCGCAAAAGGGAAAAGGUGAAUAGAUAUAACGAUGGUAGAUACGCAACACUUUUGCCUGCGAUGGAACAAUUACCAAAGCAGUAUAACGUCGGCGUUUGAAAACUUGAGGGACGAUGAGGAUUUCGUGGACGUCACACUGGCCUGCGAUGGCAAGAGCCUCAAAGCGCAUCGGGUCGUACUUUCCGCGUGCAGUCCCUACUUUAGAGAAUUGCUCAAGAGCACCCCGUGCAAACACCCGGUGAUAGUACUUCAGGAUGUGGCGUUCAGCGACCUGCACGCUUUGGUGGAGUUCAUCUAUCACGGGGAGGUGAACGUGCAUCAGCGUUCCCUUAGCAGCUUUCUCAAGACUGCCGAGGUCCUCAGGGUAUCGGGACUCACGCAACAGGCGGACCAAACAGACAGGGACGAGCUGUCCCAUGUCCGUGCAUUGGCCGCCGGUGGUGGCAAUCACCUUCCCUUCCACGAGAGAUUGGAUGAGAGUUUCCCUCGUGGUGGUUCCCCGCCCACGCCGAUGACACCGACACCGACCACCGUGCAGCAAUUGUUACGCAGAGCACAGAUACGCAGGAGACGAACGCCGAGCCCCCACGACGAGUCGACGGACAAGAAGCUGAGGGCGACGUCGCCGCCGCUCAACAACAACGACGCGACGCCUACCGAUUUCUCGAUGGUGAAGAGCAACCAUCUGCCGAGCAAGGUCGAGGGUAACGGGGUACACGAAGAGAACAGCCCCCUAGAAGACAACAUAAAGUGCGAGCCACUCGAACUGACAGGCGGGAACGGCGGGAACGGCGGGAACAACGAGGACUCGUCGGAUUCCGGGGCAGCGGCGUCGGAUCGGCCACCAGCGUCCGCGAGCAGUAACGAGCACGAGGUCGAGUCCGAGCACACGUCUACCCCGAACUUUCUGUCCGACACGAAGAUAUUUCCGCCCACACCUGGAAGCUUUAAUUUCAGUAUGGCGGCCCUCGCCACGGAACACACACCGUUGUCAGUGAAAUUUCCAGGAUUGGGCCACGGGUUGCAACCACCGGAUUUGGCAGGAACUUCGCAAGACCGGGAGGUCGCCGAGGAGGACGGGGGUUGGCAGUCCGCUACCAACGGAGACGGUCAACGGGAAACCGGCCAAUCGAGCCAAAGUACAGGAACUAGUCAAUGCGAGGCGGUGCAGGGGCACCAACAGCACCAGGAGCUGCCCAUUAUCGAUCUGUUAGACGACAUUAACGAUCAGAUGCAGAUCGUGCUCAAGUCGGAACCACUGUCCCCGAAGAUGGACGAUCUCGAGUCCUGUUUGCUCUCGGAGCAGAUCGAUCUGCAGUUGGAUCGUGGCUCGACAACGAACGCUCAUCAGAAUCGUCCACAGAACAACAGACAACAACAUCAGCAGGCGAGAACGGUGUCAAACGAUACCACAGUUCCUUUUGCCGAUCUACGCUGGCUAACGCAGAACGGUGGCUCACAGCCAGCCUCGAAGUCUCGCGAUUCCACGCGAGCGAACGCCACAGAGCAAGAGCUCAAACAUUCGAACCGCUCGAACAGCGGCACAUACUGCAACUUCUGCCAGAAGACAUUCUCACGUGCGUGGUCCCUUCAGAGGCACCUGGCGGACACGCACUUCUACGUGCCGCAAUCGCUUUCCUGCGACCAAUGCGGCAGGAGUUACAAGUCCCGGAACAGUCUCGUCAGCCACAAGAGCCAGUACCACGCGAGGAAGGAACGCAAGGAGCACGAGGAACAGUGCGAGGUCACGUAUUGACCGGCGCCGGUGGUUUAGUGACCGAAUUGCGUCGAGGUGUUCCUCCGUCUUGCCCUCCCCCUGCGAUACAGACCCUCCUCUAUACGAACGCCGGUGGAACGAACGAGGAACACGAGUGCCCACUUUGGGCUCGCCGUUUUAGCCUGUCCGCGACCACCCGGUUCCCCGGCAUGAGAAACCGAACAGACGCUUCAUCGAUAUAUAUGUAUAAUGUAUGUUCCAACUGUCGUUAGGUGCUUUUGUAAAUAUAGGUUAUACGGACUGAGAAGUUCUUAUCAACUUUCUUUGUAUAUACUUCUCUCUAGACACACACACGCACACAUACACACACGGUCUUUCCGUUUCCUC